AUGUCCCCAACUGGCGGUGUAGGAAAUUUCCACACUCCCGAGGUGCAUGGCAUUUCGAAGGUCUACCAGGUUCACAACAGACCUGGCAGCCAGCUCAACGCAUCUGUUUCACCAAGCUUCACUGGCCCCACUGCCACUACUGUACAGAAGCCACGGCUCCAGGGGAAAGAUUUUGAGCCCUCAAAUCACUUAGUCGAGAUGAUGACGGAUCAGGCGAUGGUGUCGCUUCCUGUCGCUUUCAAGAGCAACACCAAGAACAUCUCCGAAUCAGGUGUUCUACUACAACAAGAUAACACCUCCUCCUUUGCGAUCCUGACUGAUGAUGAUCUCGUAUCUCCUACUAUGCUGAGAAGUCGCAAUCCUUCUCGAAAACAAAAGCUUGACGAAAGCGAUGAGGAAUACCAACCUCUUCCCAAGAGACCUCGCAAGACGGAUGCCAGGAAGUCUAAUUCCCGAAGCAAGAAUGUCAUUUCUCUUCAGUCAGCCCUGCCGCAGCCACAGCCUGCUACUCAGCCGCAGACGGGCACUGCAGGCACACUUCAGCCUGUUAAGCGUGGUCGAGGCCGCCCACGCCCCAGGACCUCACUGCUGAACCAGCUUGGGCUCAAUUAG